GAGGGUCGUGUGCCGGUCUCGUCAUGCAGCAGCUACUGCUGUGGAUGCUACUCGUCUCAACAGCGGUCGGUCAGGGAAAAACACCAAAGCGUGAAACAUAUCAACCUAAUCAACAUCCAUGGACGAAACUCCAGUCUCCAGGCGAGGGGCGGCUGAUCGGCGGCGGGCAGGCGGUGCGCGGCCAGUUCCCUCACGCGGCCUACCUCAACAUCGACGAUGGGGCAGCCACGUGCGGCGCCACGCUGCUCACCGAGAUGUGGCUGCUCACAUCCGCACAGUGUCUCUCCGGGUUCUCGAAGUGGUGGGUGUACCUCGGAGUGGAGGAUUUGAGCACCUCUGACGACUACGCAGCUAUCUUCGACUGUUACACGAUACUGGUUCACCCAGGAUACGACAGCACCACCAAGGUCCACGAUAUAGGCCUCAUAUAUUCGGCCAGCUUGAUCCCUUUCAACCAAUACAUCAAGCCGGCCGUUCUGCCCCGCUACUCGGACGUGGAUAGUAGUCUCGAAGGAUCGGAAAACACCGUCUGUGGAUGGGGAUCGCAAACAACAGGUGGUGCAGGCUCGCAGACGCUGUGGUAUGCAUACUUCGAUUCUGUGACGCUUUGCAGCCCUGCAUGGUCGUACUGUGGUGUCGGCCGCUACGGAGAGGCACUCUGUUCAGGUGACUUCGGAAGCCCGAUGCAGCGAGCAGAGGCGGACGGGAACUUCACGGUGGUGGGCGUGGCCAGCUUCAUACAGGGCACCACCACAUGCGAGGGCGCCACCUCCGGUUUCGUCAUGGUGGCCGCCUAUCUCGACUGGUUGGGUCGACAUACGCGGCUUCCAGUCUACCCUUGAUCAGACGAGCGGUUUCAUCUCCACGUGCCCAUUUAAUUAACAUGCUAUACUGUAUUUCUAUCUCUUAGACAAUGUAUCUCAAAGAAAUUAUCGUAAUAUCACCAUAUUUCCUUUAUUGAGACUGGAGCAGUACCCAAAAUUUGUAUCAGUUGUGGACAGUUUAUAAUCUGGAGCCCUACUUCGAUACAUAAAGCAAGUAAUACGUUUACUGUAAGAACAAAAAGUGCAAGAAUAAAUCUAAAAAUAAAGAAGAA